CCAUCGCCAUCGUCCUCCUCCCGCAGCACCGGGAGCCGCGAGCGGCUGGCGGGGGAGGCGGGGACCCCCCCGGGCCGGGAAGGGACCCCCCUGGACAGGACCCUCAGCUUCAUCCGCAGGAUGACCGGCAAGACAAAGGGCAAGGACAAGGAGAGGAUGAAGGAGGGCAAGGAGAAGGACGCCCGCUACACCAACGGGCACCUCUUCACCACCAUCUCCGUGUCGGGCAUGACCAUGUGCUUCGCCUGCAACAAGAGCAUCACGGCCAAGGAAGCGCUCGUGUGCCCCACCUGCAACGUCACCAUCCACAACCGCUGCAAGGACACGCUGCCCAACUGCACCAAGGUGAAGCAGAAGCAGCAGAAGGCGGCGCUGCUGAAGAACAGCUCAGCGCUGCAGUCGGUGUCCUGCGCAACAAGAGUGAGCCCCAACUCUGCCAUCUACCCCUCGGAGAGUUUCCGCCAGACGCUGCUGGGGCCGCGCCGCGGCCGCCCCUCGCUGUCCCUGUCCAAGAGCGUCUCCACCACCAACAUCUCGGGGAAUUUCAACGAUGACUCUCCCCUGGGCAUCCGGCGGAUCCUGUCCCAGUCCACGGAUUCCCUCAACAUGCGCAACCGGACGCUCUCGGUGGAGUCGUUGAUCGACGAAGGCCCUGACGUCAUCCUGAGCCAGCUGCUGAGCGAUCUGGAGGCGGACGGGAAGGAGUUUGAGGCGGAUUCCUGGAGCCUGGCGGUGGAUAACAGCUUCCUGCAGCAGCACCGCAUGGACGUCAUGAAGCGGCAGGACGUCAUCUACGAGCUGAUGCAGACGGAGCUGCACCACGUGCGGACGCUGAAGAUCAUGGGCGCCCUGUUCCGCAGGGCCAUGCUGGAGGAGCUGCAGCUGGACCCCGGCACCGUCCAGCGCAUCUUCCCCUGCCUGGACGAGCUCAGCCACAUCCACGAGCGCUUCCUGGCCCAGCUCCUGGAGCGGCGCCGGGAGUCGCUGGCCCAGGACAGCAACAAGAACUUCGUCAUCGACCGCCUCGGUGACAUCCUCGUCACCCAGGUGGGCGGAAAAUGGGGAUCUGGGGGCGCGGAGCAGCUGCGCAAAGCCUACGCCGAGUUCUGCAGCAAGCACACCAAGGCGCUCAAGGAGUACAAGGACCUGCUGGCCCGGGACAAACGCUUCCAGCAGUUCAUCAGGCGGGUGACGCGCUCCCCUCUGCUGCGCCGCCACGGCGUCCCCGAGUGCAUCCUGCUGGUGACGCAGCGCAUCACCAAGUACCCGGUGCUCAUCGAGCGCAUCCUCAAGAAUUCCAAAGACAACGAGGGCGACUGCGCGGACCUGUCGCGGGCGCUGCGCCUGGUGAAGGAGCUGCUGUCGGCCGUGGACGAGGAGGUGCACGCCUGGGAGCUCCGCGGGCGCCUCUGGGACGUGUUCCGGCGCGUGGAUCCCCGCGCCAAGGUGCCGCUGUGCUGGGACAGCCGGCCCGGCGCCUUCGGCAGGGACGAGCUGCUCCGCAGGAAGCUGGUGCACAGCGGGGGCAUGCUCUGGAAAACGGCGGCCGGGCGCUUCAAAGAUGUCCUGGUGCUGCUGAUGACGGACGUGCUGGUGUUCCUGCAAGAGAAGGACCAGAAAUACACCUUCCCCAUGCUGGACAAGCCUGCUGUCAUCUCCCUGCAAAACCUGAUCGUGAGGGACAUCGCCAACCAGGAGAAGGGCAUGUUCCUGAUCAGCGCGGCGCCGCCCGAGAUGUACGAGGUGCACGCGGCCUCGCGGGACGACCGCAACCACUGGAUGAAGGUCAUCCAGCAGGCUGUCAGCCUCUGUCCAAGCCGUCAGGAUUUUCCCCUGAUUGAGACGGAGACUGAGGCGUCCUUGAGGAAGCUGAAAGAGCGGAUGGAGCAGCAGGACCGGCAGAUCGCGGCGCUGCUGGAGGACAAGGUUGGCAUCUUUGCCGACAUGCUGGCGCUGGGCAGCGGCUGCUCCGAGCCCCCCGCGGCCCCCCGGGGCACCCCCUUCCCUGGGGACCCUGCCCGGGGCCCCCGCGGGGACGUUCUGCUGCACGACGCCAUCCGGGAAGUGGAGUGCCUGAAGGAGAUUUUCACGGGAUGCAGCCGGGACCGGGACCAGAACCAGAACCAGAACCAGAACCAGAACAACCCCCCUGAGGCCGAGAGCUGCCCCAGCCCCAGCGCCAGCAACGGUGACUCCGGCAGCAUCAACGGCUCCUUGGAAUUCCGGGCGGAUCCGGACGCCGGGCAGCGGGACGGGAAUGGGAACCAGGUCCCGCCGAGGGGAUCGCAGGAGGUGAGCAAAGGGUUUUGGGGUGUUGGGGUUUUGGGGUUGUGCUCACCCCAUGGUGCCUCAGCGGGUCCCCCCGAUGUGGCACUCGGGGUCACCUCCCCUCUCCCCAAAUCCUGUCCCCUGCAGGAGAUCAACCAGCGCCUGGUGAACCUGUACGGGCUCCUGCUGCGGCUGCAGGUGCACCUGACGCACCAGGAGGUGCUGCUGGAGCUGCAGCUGCCGGAGGGGCUGCAGCGGCCGCGGCCCCGCCGGGGCUCUCAGCCGGCCGUGCCGGUAACGGUGACGGGAGCGGCGGAACCGGGCGCCGGGGCGGAGCUGGCGCUGCUGCAGCGGCAGCACGGGCUGGUGCAGGAGGAGCUGAGCCGCUGCCGCCAGCUGUGCCAGGAGCGGGCGCAGGAGGCGGCGGCGCUCGAGUCGCGCCUGCGGGACAGCGAACGGGAGCGCUCCCGGUUGGAACGGGAGCUGCAGGAGGCGCGGGGGGCACCGGCGGCGGCGGCGGCGGCGCCGCGGGGACGGAGGGCGGCGGAGCCUCGGCGGAGGAGCCUCCCGGCGGGGGAUGCGCUGUACCUGAGCUUCACCCCGCCGCAGCUGAGCCUCGCCAGCCCCCCCGCCGCCGUCCCGUUCCACGGCCCCGCCUUCCCCGGCUCCCGGGACGAGCUGGAAUUCCGCGGCACCGACCCCGAGCGGCUGCGGGAGGGCGAGGACACCCUGGACGUGCUCCUGGAGGACGAGGGGGGCUUGGGGGGUCGCCGCUCCCCCCCCGCCAGCCCCCGAGAUUUCCUGAGGAUGCAGGAUAUUCCCGAGGAGGUGGAGAACAGCCAGGAGCUGAAGGAGGGCGACGGGGACAGUUAGGGACCCCCGCAGCGCCCCCAGCACCCCACGAUUCCCCCCCAGGACGCGCCGGGGGCUGGAUGCAGCUGUGGGGAGCCUUGGGAAAAGCGGGAUGGGGACGCUGCUAUGCCCACGGGAGCCUUAUGGGAAUUUUGGGGGGCGGGGGGGGUCCUGUCGCCCCCUCCCCUACUCCAACCCGGGGGGGACGGGGGUGACAGCGUGUCCCUCCUCUUCCCGCUGGGAUUUAUUUAUUUAUUUGGAUGUUUUGGGGUGCGGGAGGC